AUGGCAUUAUGCCAUUUUUUAAAAACCCAUUUUAUUUCUUUAUUUUUCAAAAAAGAAGCAGAAUACUUCUUCUCCCCUGCUCCCUCUCCAUUUUUGCUAGGAAUUCAACCUAACUUGCGCCACCUUGGAGGAUCAUUGGUGCCACGCACCUCCACCCCACCGCCGGUUCACGGAUCAAGACUAGGUGUUGUUGCGGAUAUCUCGGAAGCACGAGGUGUGACAAAAAGGGACUGCUGGUAGCGCACGUCUCGGAGGUGCGGUGGAUGGUGGAGGCACGUACGAUGUGGGGAUUGGGGUAUUGAGAUCACCAUCAUCAUCUUGUAAUAAAAAUCGAUCAUGGCUGUGACCAUCAAGCGAGCGGCCCUUAUCGUUGCCGGUCUUGGCGUCUUAUCAUUCAUAUUGGGAGUCAUAGCCGAAAACAAAAAGCCAGAAGCUGGAAUCCCAAUUCCUGGUAAAGGUGUGGUUAUAUGCAAGUAUCCAAAGGAUCCCUCCCUGGCCCUGGGCUACCUAUCGGUUGCAUUUCUGAUGCUAUCGACUAUCGCUGGCUAUUGGUCUCUGUUUUACCCUUACAAAGGGAAAUCUGUUCCACACUCUGUCCUCUUUCAAAGCGCCAGUUUCUUUGUCUUCUUCAACAUUGCCUUGUUUACAAGUGGGGUAGCAGCCACACUGCUGUUGUGGCCAACGAUCACGGAGCACCUUCACUUGAUUCGCAAUGUUCAUCACAAUCCCACCACCACAUGCCCUACUGCUAAGACUGGACUCCUUGGUGGUGGUGCCUUUGUAUCCCUGGAUUCAGCCCUCUUCUGGUUAGUUGCCCUUAUGUUGGCUGAUAAUGCCCGACAUGAUCACUUUUAUGAUGUUGAAAAACACAGUAAAGCUCAGGUUCUCCCAGAUGGCUGCUGAUUACCAUGUCAAUAGGGGUGCUGUGUAAUGUAGUUCAUGCCUCAUCAACACCCAAAUAUCUGUCCCCAACUAUCUUUAUCUUUAUCUUUCUGUAUAUGGUUUACACUUUGUUCCUAUUUCACAGUAUUUCUUCAGAAAAGGAAAAAUUAAAUUUCACCUUCUUUUACUUCUAAAUCUUAAA